GGAGGUGGAGGUGCAAGACCCAUCGCGGUGGAGAACCGGAGGGAUCCCUCCAGAGAUCCCCUGGAAAGAUCAUUGUCGAAGGCCUUCCGUUUCUGUGUCUCGAGAUUGGCGCAUCAGUGCUAUUUCGGCAAUGCAUCUCUCUUGAAUUGCUGCAUCAUGAUCAUGACUGAAACGGUUGAUUCUCUAGUUAUGGUUUCCAGCCAGGACCUCUGGACUGAAAUCUGUUCAUCUCUGCCACAUCCAGAUCAGAAUGAAGAGACCAAUAAUACAUUUGCAGAUUCCUUUGCAGAUUCUUAUGUUCACAUGAUGGAGAAUCAGAUGGAAGUAACAGGCCCCUCUCUGCAAGUGAAUGAGAAGCCCUGGGUACCAUUGAAAGAUUCAGAGCUCUACUUGGCAUCUUUAGAGAGAAGAUUAAUGAGAAUAAAGGGUCUGUCUCAGGAAGUGACAUCCAAAGAUAUCCUGCAUACACUUUCUCAAGCUAAGAAAGAAAGUUGGGACAGGUUUCUGCAGGAGAAGUCUGAAUCUGACUUUUAUAUGGAGGGAACGGAUUCUGAUGAGAGUACUUUGGAAUACUUGAAACGUUGGCUACAACCAGAGAAGGUGGCAGUCAGCAGUGAGGAGAUUCAGUAUCUCAUUCCCCUUGGAGCUCCUCCUGAGAAGCAAGAGGCUGGAGAAGAUGAAGAAGAACCUACACCUGUAGAACAGUAAAUGCAGUUGGAUCUUGCCUCCCGCACAGAUGUCUGUUGGCACUUUGGGUCAAAAUACCAAAAGAAGGAUAGAGUUUGAUUGAAAUAGACCAUGUGGAUUUUUCUUUCCACCAAAGUUUAUAAUGUACAGAUUUUGAUUUAAAGUCAUAUAACGUUGCAGAUUGAAAUUAAUUGUGUGUAAUUUGUUAAGACGACAAAACAUGGUAGAAUAACUCAAUUUGGCCAACAGCUUUAAAUCCUCUUGCCUCAAAUGCAGAGAAGAUUUUGCACUUAAAUGAUCAUCUAUGGAAAAAUUCUUAGCAAUACUUGCCUCACAGAAUAUAAUUUCCUCAUUCAGAACUCUCCUGAUUUACCCACGGGUAUCUUUUUCUUAACUUGGGGGAAAAAAAACCUCCGAAGACCUGUAUCUUUUCCCCUGGGAAGUGAAAAAUGUCUACCAUCAUUGUUUCUGGCUAAAGCUGAGCCACGCCACUCUAGUUUCAUCCUUCGGUGGAAUAAGCACUUCCUAGCAAAAAUACAAGAAAUGCUGGGUGAAAAAAAAUUGUCCUAUUUUGUGUAGCUUUUUUCUGUUAUGGCUGUUUCUUUUUUUAAUCAUUCAUUUCAUCUAAGGAUUGAUCACCGUCUUUUCAAAUGUUUUUUUUUUUCUUUUUGUUGCUUUGGGCUAAUAAUUAUUCACGCUUUUUCUUCCUCUUAUUUCUUUUGCUGCAAAAAGUAAAAGACAAUGCAUAAUGAAGAAAAAACCCCCCAGAGCUGUCAGUUGAAUGAAGAAGAUAAAGUUUCAUAUAAGGGCAGAACAGAAAUGCGAGUUUUUGUCGUAACCUUCCCAUUUCACUUUUUUGG